AUGGAGCGGGACGACACCGAAACCGCGAGCGCGUCCAAAAAGACAAUAAUUGCGAAGAUAUUUAAAGUUCGCAAGAGGAGGGAGAUGCUUUUCGUUCAGGUGUGCUUUAUCUGCAGUGUCCUCUUCGUGGCGUGGAGCAUGUCGGCGCUGCUGACCAAAACAGGCCAUGGGAUGAUAGUGGAGGGACAUCCAGACCUCGAACACUGGGGAAGACGGCUAAUGGCAUCAGUACCAAACAAUGAAACGGAGCAGAAGAACUGUUCAGAGCCAGCAAUACACGAGUUCCCUGAAGACCUUUUCACCAACAAAGAACGAAAGAGUGGGGCCAUUCUGCUGCACAUUGUGGCGACGCUCUACAUGUUUCUGGCCCUCGCCAUAACAUGCGACGAGUACUUUGUGACAUCGCUGGAGAAGAUCUGUGAGAAACUAGAUCUGAGUGAAGAUGUUGCUGGAGCCACUUUCAUGGCAGCUGGCAGUUCUGCACCUGAGCUUUUUGCGUCUGUCAUCGGUGUCUUCAUCACCCAUGGUGAUGUGGGGGUGGGGACCAUCGUUGGCUCAGCGGUCUUCAACAUCCUUUGCAUCAUUGGUGUCUGCGGGAUCUUUGCUGGACAGGUGGUGAUGCUGACCUGGUGGGCUGUUUUCAGGGAUUCCUUCUACUACAUCCUGUCCGUCGUGGCUUUGAUUGCAUUCAUCUAUGAUGAGAAGAUAGUUUGGUGGGAGAGUUUGGUUCUUGUAGUCAUGUACGCUGGAUACAUCCUCGUCAUGAAAUUCAACUCCAGCAUGCAGAAAUUUUUCAUGGGGAAGUCAAACAAGAACGUGGCCAAUGGUAACGCCGCGGCCAGCAGUGAGAUGGAGGACGGUAAUACUAGUUAUGACUAUGUUUGGGAUGACGACCCGUCAUCGCCUUUACUCUCAGCAGUCAAACCCAGCAAGGCUUACAGCCGUGGCUCGGUGGUGAUGGUAGAUGAGAUCAUGAACGCCAGCCCUUCAAAGUUCAGGUUUCCAGAAGCUGGCCUCCGUGUCAUGGUCACCAGCCAUUUUGGACCCAAGACCCGUCUGCGCAUGGCCAGUCGCCUCAUCAUUACAGAGCGCCAGAAGUUGGUCCAAGCUGCCAAUGGUGUGGAGACACAAGUGAUCGACGGGAAGGUUGAAAUCGAGAAUGGGAAUGUGCCAGAGGACAAACCCACCGAGGCGGAGGAAAAUGACACCAUCUCGCCAUUUCAUAUUCCAAAGGGUGUCGGCAGCAAGGUGAAGUGGCUGAUCUCAUGGCCUCUGCUCCUGUUACUGUACUUAACCGUCCCAAACUGUGCCAAGCCUCGCUGGGAGAAAUACUUCAUGGUUUCCUUCAUCCUGUCCACCGUCUGGAUUGCAGUCUUCUCCUACUUGAUGGUGUGGAUGGUGACUAUAAUUGGCUACACUCUGGGAAUCCCUGAUGUCAUCAUGGGCAUCACUUUCCUGGCAGCAGGCACCAGUGUCCCAGACUGCAUAGCCAGUCUCAUCGUGGCUCGGCAAGGUUUGGGAGACAUGGCAGUGUCCAACACAAUUGGCAGUAAUGUGUUUGAUAUCCUGGUGGGACUGGGGGUCCCCUGGGCGAUACAGACCAUGUGUGUAAGCUAUGGGUCAGAGGUGAUGAUUAACAGUCGGGGGCUGGUGUACUCAGUGGUGCUUCUGCUGGGCUCCGUGGCCUUCACGGUUGUGGGGAUCCACCUGAAUAAAUGGAGGCUGGACAUGAAGCUGGGCAUCUAUGUCCUGGUCCUGUAUGCCGUUUUCCUCUGCUUCUCCAUCAUGAUCGAGUACAACGUCUUCACCUUCGUCAACCUGCCCAUGUGCAUAGAGGACUAGAGCACAGCAGCAUGUCUGGGAUACUAAAACCUCAAGGCUCCCACAGCAACCCCAAACUCUUCUCUUAUUUUCAUGUCUUUUUUUUUUGUUUUCAAUAAUACUGGACCUAUCUACAGACUCUUUUUCCUCCCCUGCGCGCUCCCUUGUAAUCCUUUUAGUCCCAAAUAUGAAUUUAAUUUCCUCAAGAGGCAGUACACUGUAAUAGUGGACUCAACUCUGUGUCUCUAAGUUGUCCUCUUGUCACACGGUGCCAGUCCUUAAUGCCCAUUAUUUUGGGCAUUGCCUGUUACUGCAGUAAAAUCUUUAGUUCCUCUGUGCGCCUGUUAACUUUCUACCCAUCUAGCAUGCCUUUAGAUGUCGGGGACCUCCAGAAUC